AUGAAGUCCAAGAGAACCAAUGUUCAAGAAGCCCCAGAAUAUGAACAAGAAGCCUUGGAGUAUGAAGAAGAAGCCUCGGAGCAUGAACAAGAGGUCUCAGAGCAUGAACAAGCCAACGAAAGCCCUGAAGAGGAAUCUGCGGAGGCGUUAACGAUAGAGUCACAUCCUAGUGUUCCCUCGUAUCCUUUUCAGAUCGAUGGACCUAAUGAUCUGAAAGAGUUCUUGAGUGAAAUUUGGAACAAUAAGAAAGGGGUGAAAAAAGUUCGCCAGCAACGGGCCAGCAACAAGCUGAGCGAGCGCAAUGAUUCCACCAAAGGCGUGUUGAACGCCUGCUCUGAUAUUAUGAGAGACAUCAAAGACGCUACAGGGACAUCGACGGAAAUGACCGAUGUCAAGUCUGCGCAAGUGAGGGAUGCCGUAGCCAUUCUUGCGAGCGAACUCGACAAGUUCGAUUUGGCGAACAAAAGGGAGAUCAAAAACUUCCUCUUCCAGGAUGUCUAUGCAUACAUCUUUCCAGGCCUUCUCAGAGCUCUCUGCAAAAUCGUCGACUUUUACGCACAAUCCUUCUGUGGAGAUGACGGCUCGAUUCCCACAGCCCAAUUGGAAGAGAUUGCUUUCUUCAUGGCCGCAAUCAUUAAUCUUAACGAGCGUGCCAAGUCAACUCGCGAACCGGAACUUAUCCGGGACAUUGACGUAAAUGGCCAACCCUUUGACCGAGUUGUCAUGUUUCAUCAUCCACGGACCAACCCGCGAAGGCACAGUCUGGAAAUGACCCAGGAACUUGUGGGGGUUGACUGGACUGAUCUGGAGUGUCUGACGCUCAUGGAAGCCCUGGCAAAAUACACAGCCAUAGAAUUUAGCAAGCCAAGACACAUGGUGUACCGCAAGAUCAUCAAAAGUCACUGCCGCCCGGGCGGUGCUUUGCGUCGGUUUAAUGUAUUGGAGAUUGUCCAAAAAUCUCAGUACUUGAAGCGCAUGUUGGGGGAUCGGGAGUGGACAGAACGAAUUCCCACGUUCUAA